UUCAACUAUCAUGUACAAUGACAAAAAUGAACAGGAUCUGAAGCUCUUUUAAUCACUGUCAAACGAAUGUUGUUUCAUGACAGACAUCAUUUGAGUAAAAUGCAUGCAGUAAACAUAAAUGCUUGUUACAUGAUGGAGAUGUGCCGAAUUUGUUGCAUAGAAAAUUCUGUUAAUUCUCAGGUGGAAAAUUCUCAAAUUUUUGGAUUUGCCGCAAAGUGAUAUCUCAGGAACAUGAUUUUUGACUGCUCGAAAUAAUAACAGUUUUGUAUUGGCUCGAAAAUUUAAACAUCAAAAAUAGCAUAGAAAUUAAAUAACUAAACAAUUUUAGUAUAAAAUGGAGUGUAACAUCGACGAUUUACCAGACGUUUUGCUAGAAUAUAUUUUAAGUCUAAUUCCACCAUACAAAGAUUUGCAAGAAUGUAAGCUUGUAUCCAAAAGAUGGUUCCGUGCCACUAAAAAUGUAAUACAGCACAAUAAAGCGCACUUUCAUAAAUCUGUGGCUUAUGGCUCAUUACUUUGGAGUCCAUGGCCAUCUACGCACUGGAUGCCAACUAUUGCCAAGAGACAUUCACAUUCUGCUUGUACAUACGAAAACUCUAUGUAUGUUUUUGGUGGAUGUACAGCUACAUCUACAACAUUUAAUGAUUUAUGGAGAUUAGAUUUGGACACAAGAACAUGGGUUAGAUUAAUCACUAUGGGUAGCUAUCCAUCUCCUAAAGCUUGUGCUACUAUGUUAUACUAUAAAAAAAGCUUCAUUUUGUUUGGUGGAUGGUCACAUCCAUCACCAUAUCCAUUACAUCAGCAAUGGAAAUUAUUCAAUGAGUUGCAUGUGUAUUCUAUAGAAUCAAAUAAAUGGAAUGCUAUAAAUACAUUGGAAACACCUCCGCCCACUUCAGCUCACUCUGCAUCAAUCCAUAAAAAUCAUAUGGUUGUUUUUGGUGGUAUAUGCAAUGGAUACAGAUCCAAUGACAUAUGGUGUUUGAAUCUGGAUUCGUAUAGUUGGCAUAAGCAAGCCACUUCAAACCUAAAGCCACAACCACGCUAUGGUCAAUCUCAAAUUGAACUUGGAGAUAAACACCUUCUUGUUCUAGGAGGGUGUACUGGACCGAAUAUUGCUAUGAAUGAUGCUUGGUUAUUGAAAAUGGAAGGUGCAGCUUGGACAUGGAAAAAAGUGAACAUGCAUAAUACAGAAUGGGCACCCACGCGUAUUUGGUGUCAUCAAGCUUGCAAAGUGGGAAAUUACGUUAUUGUUCUCAGUAUAAAUAAAUGUCAAAAUAAACCAAAUGAUAUGAGUAUAUCACUGAAGAAAGUUACUUGUCAAAAGACAGUCACACCACCACCAAGUGAUUCGACUUCUUUACAUGCAAGACAAGGGAAUUUAUCAAAUAUUGAUAGAGAUGUAAACGUUAAUGGUCGGCAUGGAUCUUUUGCCAGAGUGUCUGUGAAAACACCUCGUCCUUCAUCUCAUCCUUCUAACUUUACAAAAAGUUUAACACUGUGUAAUGAUAAUGUUUUAAGCAUGGCUGCUUUUCGUGAUGAACCAGUGCGUAAUGGCACUAAUAGUAAUCGACAACGGCAACUAGAAUCUCUUCGUAGAAUGGAAGAAAGUAUUAGAAAUCGAAGAAUGCAUUCAAAACCUACUAAAAAAACAGGAAACACGUUAUCCAUAUUUGUGUUGGAUAUUACGAAUGUCUUAUGUGACGAGUGUACAGCUUCAUGGAUUCCUUUGAAGCAUAAUAAUCAAUCAGGCCCCGAUGAAAGGAUACUUUAUUCGCUUGUAGCCGGUCGAGGUGAAUUAAUAGUAUUUGGCGGUAUCCGUAAGGAACAAACAUCUAUACAAAAUCAUUCUGACAUGGACGAGUCCGAAGUUUAUAAUGAUCUCCAUUUUAUAAAUCCGCCAAGAUAUGUGAUUUAAUAUCUUGUAACAAUAAAUAAUAUAAUUCAAUGUUCAAUGAAAAAGAUCUUUAUUUUGUUAGUAACAAAUUUAGUACUGCCAUAGAUUGUUCACUGGAAAUUAUUUUGACUUGCAAAUAAAAAUGGUAGUACUAUAAAAAGAAACUUAACAAACAUCUCUGUCAUAAAUUACUUGUAAAAACAUUAUUUUAUUUAUUUCAUCUUUUUCUCUUUCUUUUUUUCUCGAAAGAAAUAUUGUACAUGAUUGAAAUUUGUGAUUAAUAGAUUUAGGUAUAUAAUUACAAAUUCUUUUAUUGUAAAUUUUACUAUUUGCAUGUGUCUUGCACACUAUAAUUUAUGUAUGCUUUAGUCAUCUUCUCCUUCAGUUGUUUUUAGACUACCAAACACUUGUGAUGGAAUACUUUGUUUUUCUAUAGGUAUAUCUGAAAGUAAGGACGAAUUAAUAAAUAAAGAAAUAAAAUAGGUGUGUUGCUACAAAGAGUGUCCAACAUGAUUUAUAAAUAUAUUACAUGUAAUAAAAUGUAAUAAAAAUUUGAACACAUUA